AUGGUAAAAAUAUCUGUCCUCCAGCAUGCCCCAUCAGCACAUCUGUCCAUUCGUCCAGGAGACCCGACACCUACGUCACGGAACCUCGACCCUCUCAUGCAUCCGUUUGCCCGCGCUCGCGAACGUACGCGUGCGCUGAACGCCGCAAAAAUGGAGAGAAUGUUUGCCAAGCCAUUCUUGAGAGCGUUGGAGGGACACAUCGAUGCCAUAGAGGUACUAUGCAGAAGGCCUGGCACGCUUAACACUGUCGCAAGUGGUAGCUGGGAUGGAGGGAUACUCGUGCAUGACAUCGCCGAGCAAAAACAGGUGCAUCGGAUACAAGACGCACACCAAGGAAAAGUAUCGGGCCUGUGCUUUUCGCAAGACAACGGACUGCUUAGUUGUGGUGUGGAUACCAACAUCAAAUUCUGGGACAUUUCGCCACGGGACGAGGAAGUUCAACAAAAACCACUCCAUAUCUUCUCCGGAAAAUCGCCGUUCAAUUCAAUAGAUCAUCACCGCUCCGACCCGAUCUUUGCUACGGCAUCAAAUAUUGUUCAAAUAUGGGACGAAACAAAAACUGCCGCUGUAUCAAACCUUACGUUUCCUACUGCCACGGAGACGGUCACUUCUGUACGGUUCAAUCUUAGCGAGACCUCAGUCUUGGGGAGCAUCGGUUCGGAUCGUAGUUUUACCCUUUACGACAUUCGUUCCGGGAAGGCGGAACGGAGGGUAACCAUGCAAAUGCGAAGCAAUGCGCUUGCUUGGUCGCCGACUUUACCCACGCUGGUGCUGCUCGCGUCGGAAGAUCAUAACCUGUAUACCUUCGACGUUCGGCAACUAUCCAAUCCUACACAGAUUUACAAGGCACAUGUUUCGGCGGUCAUGAGUUGUGAUUGGAGUCCCACGGGACUCGAGUUCGUGAGCGGAGGAUGGGAUCGGACGGUGCGAAUAUGGAAGGAAGGCAAGGGCACGCGUCCGGAGGUCUAUCACACGAAACGAAUGCAGCGCGUUUUAUCCACAGUAUUCACUGCGGACGCGCGCUUCGUGAUCAGUGGGUCGGAUGAUGGGAAUGUGAGGAUAUGGAAGGCAAAGGCGCAUGAGAAGCUUGGGAUCAUCACUGCGAGGGAACGCGCGGCGAUAGAAUACCGUGAGAGUCUGAAGGAAAGGUGGAAGUAUGACCAGGAGGUCGGCAAAAUCUCAAGGGCACGACAUCUACCUAAAGCUGUCCAUGAGGCAGCAAAACUCAAGCAGACCAUGCUCGAGGCGCAGCGGGUCAAGGAAGAGCGUCGGCGGAAACACACGCGUGCAGGAGAAAGCAAGCCAAAGGCGGAGAGAAAAAAGGUUGUUCUGGCAGAACAAAGCUAG